AUGUCGAUGGCAUCGGUGGAGGACUCCUAUGAGCGCGCUGUCAUCGACGGCAUCGUGUGGUAUAUGUGCCGACACUGCUGUGACUGCCAAAGACAUGUCGCAGAUAUUGUCAGACAUAUCACUGACAAACACUUGCGUCCAACUGGUGGUGAUGUCGAGGACAGGCGUCCCAUCAGUCUGUCCAGUGAUGGCCAUAAUAAGUGUCUGAAGACUGCGUCGAGUGAUCGCCCGUUGAAGCGAAGCGCGGAUCAGAUGAGUGCCAAAGUGGUGACACCAAUGAGUGGUCAGUCCUCGAGAUCACCUGCGGAUCAGUUGGCCAGACAGCCGAGGGAUUCAACGAGUGGUCAACCGUUGAAGCGAAGCGCGGAUCAGAUAAGUGCCAAAGAGAGGGACAAAGAGUCGACAAGUGGUCGGACAUCAAACCGAUUGACGCCUGAAAUGCGCGAACAAUUGUUGAGACAAAUCGGCUCAAGAAGUGGUCAGUCGUCGGAUCGACCGAAGGAUCAGAUGAGAGAUAAUGAGUGGAAACAACCGAAGAGUUCAACGAGCGGUCAGUCUUUGAGCUCAUCUAAAGUCCAGCCAUCGACUAGUCUUCCAAAGAACCCAUCGAGUGAUCAGUCCUUGAAUUCAAUGAAACACCAAAUGGUUGGACACUCGAAGAGCUCAUCGAGUGGUGAGUCCUCGAGACGACCAGUGGAUCAGAUGAGACCCAAUGAGUUAAGACAACCGACUCGUGAAACGAGUGGUCAGUCCUCGAGUUUUACAAAAACUCAAAUAAGACAUCCAGUGGUUAGUCAUACAAAGAGUUCAUCGAGUGGUCAGUCCUUUAGUUCAUCUAAACACCAAAUGCGAGACCAAAUGGUUGGACAUUCAUUCGGAAGUAGCUCAACACUCAGCAGCUCUGCUGGUCACCUAGUCUACUCCCUGUUACACAACUCCUACUCAACUAGUGGUCAGCCCUCGAGUUCUCCAAAACCUCAAAUGAGAGACCAAAUGGUUGGACACUCGAAGAGGUCAUCGGGUGGUGAGCCGUUGAAACGACCAGAGGAUCAGCUGAGAGACAAUGUGUUUAGACGAUUGACACGUGAAAAGAGUGGUUAUUCUUCGAGUUCAUCGCCAGAGCAACCCGUUAGUCAUCCCAAGUACUCAACUAGUGGUCAGUCCUUAAGAUCACCAAAAAUUCAAUUAAGAGACCAAAUGAGUAGUCAUCCAAAGAGUUCAACGAGUGGUCAGUCACUGAAACGACCAGCAGAAGUCUACUCUCCGUUACUCAAUUCUGUUAGCUUCUCGAGUAGGUCACCAGUCCCAUUGCGAGUGAAGUGUCAUUCAGUGAACACAUCGAUGAAACUGAAGACUAAACACGAGACGAAGAGCGCACAGACUGUGAGGGAAUCUAAGCCACAGACGACUACCAGUGCUGUCACUAAUGAUCACAAACAAGAUGGCGGUGCGGCUGAAGAAGUGGACGCCAAUGACAUCGCAGACUCGAAGCGAUUUAAAUGCACCGAAAAUGGCUGUAAAAAGACAUUUGGUUUCAUGAAGUCAUUGCUGAUCCACCGCAAGAAACACGACCUAAAAGUGGACAAAACGACCGCCAAUUUCACAGCCAAUAGACCUACCGGUGCGGCCAUUGUCAAGACAUUUGCACCGAAAGUAACGGCUAAUCCCUGGGCUUCGGGUUACCUACGGAUCGGCAACAAGUGGUAUAAAGUGCGUCGACUGACUGACCGGAGUCUCUACCGGCAUGAGAAGGAGUCGCAUCGGGGGGACGAGAACUACCGGGGCUUACAGUCGCUGAAACACUUAAAGGGCUGGUAUUUGAUGGACAUCGUCGACGGACAGAAGUGGUAUUUGUGUCGAUACAAGCUAUGCGCCGGCGGUUUUUGCUCGUUUAAGACUAUCAGGUCUCAACAUAUGGGCCGUCAUAUAAACUGUUCGCACUUCCGGAACCGCCAGUUCCCGUGC